AUGGAUGGAGGAACUCCAGCCAAAUUGGACUUAGAUUAUGCGAUGAAAAACAUAAGCAAGUACCAAACGGAUAGUGUUCGUAUCAGAUGUGAGAUAUCAGGAAAUCCGCUACCUCGCUACAAGUGGUUUAAGGAUACAGUUCCCAUCGGAGAGAAUGAAGGUCGUAUCAGUGUUAGGCAAACUCCAUGGGGAUCACGGCUGAAGAUUGAGAAACUGGAGCCAUACGACAGUGGCUGGUACAUGUGUCGAGCGGUCAACAAGGCUGGACAGGUCAACACAACAGGUUUCUUAGAAGUCAAGGAAGGUUACCCGCCAACCAAAGACAAGGGUUCUGGAGGGCGAGAUGGAGGUAGAUCUAACCCUCCUGACAUCAGUGACAACACUGACAGCUUCUAUGGAAAAUAUGACCCAGACAUUUAUAACAAAUACAAGGAAGAAGAUCGUAAAUCACAAGAGGAGGGCGAUGGAUUUUGUCAGGUUUUCCGGGGUACAACAUGUUCACGUUUCCUACAGAACCGAACAAUCUAUGUCACGUCCGAGUAUUCUCAAGGCAUCAAGGAAGAAAAUUUCCUUGCUGCCUUUACGACAAUCCAGGCAUCCAACACAAUGAGUAAGGAAUGCCAAGAUUAUGCGAUCCCCUUCCUUUGUUACCACACCUUCCCACUGUGUGACAACGACCCGACGAGUCCAAAGCCACGACAGGUGUGUCGGGAUGAGUGCGAGAUGCUGAAGAGUAACAUCUGUCAAAAAGAAUAUGUCAUCGGCAAACAUCAUCCUCGCAUUGGAGACAAGUUUUUACCAAAGUGUUAUGAGUUGGCUCCCCCUGGUACUCCGGAGGGUGAUGGAUGUGUUCGCAUUGGUGUGACAAAGUCCCAACCAAGUAAGUACAAGCGAUAGGAGAACUGCUAUAAUGGAAGUGGAGAAAACUACCGUGGACACGUCAAUAGAACACGUUCUGGCCGAACCUGUCAGAACUGGCUACACAACCCAAGCUUCAAGUCUAAAGACAAUAAAGAACUUGGAAAUCACAACUUUUGCCGGAACCCUAACGGGACAUUUACUGGCCCCUGGUGUUUCACAGAUCCCUUCUACCACCACUCUGAACUGUGUGACAUUCCCAAGUGUACACCCUAUCAGACUGGAGAGCCGGUCGACAAACUCAUGUUUAUCCUGGUUCCGGGGAUUAUCGUACCACUAGCUUUGGUUCUUCUUUUGGCAAUUGUAUGCCUAUUCCAACGACAUCGAAAACAAAAAGGUGCAGGAUUAAAAAAUGGCCGCCCAGCACCACAAAACAACACUGAAUCUCAUCCACUAACUGCCAAAUCUGGUACUCGUAUCCGUGAAUUUCCACUGUCGUCAAUCAGAUUCAUGCAGGAGCUUGGAGAAGGAGCAUUUGGGAAGGUUUACAAAGGUGAUCUGUUGGGUCUUUACGCCGAAAACACUGUAUCAAAAGUUGCUAUAAAGACUUUGAAAGAAAAUGCAACACCAAAGAUGAAGAAUGAUUUCCGACGAGAAGUUGACUUGAUGACAGAAAUGAGACAUCCGAAUAUUGUGUGUUUACUAGGCGUUUGUAUGAAACAAGAACCCAUGUGUAUGUUGUUUGAGUUCAUGCCACAUGGAGAUUUACAUGAAUAUCUUAUUUGUCGCUCACCAAACUCAGAUGUAUCAGCGGCGGAUGAUGACUGUGCUCAUAAACCGAUGCUCGACUAUCCAGACAUGUUACAUAUCGCUACUCAAGUGGCCUCGGGAAUGGAGUAUUUGGCUAGUCACCAUUUUGUACACAGGGACCUGGCAGCCAGAAAUGUUCUGGUUGGAGAAAAUCUGAACGUAAAAAUAUCGGACUUUGGACUAUCACGAGACAUCUACUCAUCAGAUUAUUACAGGGUACAGAGUAAAUCUCUACUGCCCGUCCGCUGGAUGCCCCCAGAGUCAAUUUUAUACGGAAAGUUUACAACGGAGAGUGAUGUGUGGUCAUUUGGAAUCGUGAUGUGGGAAAUAUUUAGCUAUGGACUGCAGCCCUACUAUGGAUUCUCCAAUCAGGAGGUGAUUGAAGUGGUAAGAAAACGCCAGAUCCUUCCUUGCCCAGAGGAUUGUCCAACUCGUAUAUACGGCCUCAUGGUAGAAUGUUGGCACGAGACCCCAGCACGGCGACCUCUCUUUAGGGAAAUUGCUGCACGUCUUAAAGCAUGGAAGACGGAGAUCAUGAUGCAAAACCCUCACUGGAGUUUGAGUCAAAGUCACUCCGCCCAUUCAAGCAGUCAUCAAAGUUCCCAGAGUGGGCCUAGUCACCAGGGUAGUACUGGCCCCAGCAACACAACAGCGAUCACAGGGUUGACAGGAUCAAGUGGAGGUUCAGAUCCAUCCCAAUCCAGUCAUGGAAUGUCCCCGGCUCCACCACUGGGCAUGAUGCCCCCUAGUUAUCACGCUCUACCCCCACACUAUCUGGCCAACCAAGUGCAGAUGCCCCAGCAUCCACACAUGAUGGGUCCUACUCAUGGCCAGCCAAUGAACCAGAAACUCUUAGCACAGUUCAACAGCCCUCCCAACCAGAUCCCAAAUGGAAUUUGUAAGCUAUCUCCGCCGGGGUCCGUUGCUAGUUCUAAAGCAUCAAAUAGUUCAGGGUCACAGGGCUCCGGCACACCCUACAAACCCAACACGAUGCCACACUCUCAGACAGUGCCACAAGGUGGCUCACAGAACACCAAUAAUGGUCCGGCAGUGCUCCCUCUUACAGACAGUAGCAACAAGUAUGGUCCACAGAAUACAUACAUUCCAGACCAGCGAACUGAAAAGCGUAAAGAAUAUUUCGAAGGAAUAACCUUUGAUCUUUUUACUGAAAACAACAGAAUCCCCAAUUUUCUGUUGCCAAUGAGUAGCAACCAGCUGUUGAGUGCUACCUCCCAGGAGCAUUAGGAGAGUCUGUCCUCUGACAAGUUAGCAGUGACAAAUUUGUAAAAACAAUCAUUAAUUACAAAUGUAUUGUCGAUCACGUGUCUUGGUGACAGUCAGAAAUUGACACUAAUUUGAAUGGAAAAGAACACAUGAUUUGUACAGUCAUGGUAUAUUGGUAAUAUAGACACACUUGAUGUGGAUAAGAUUUUUGACAUGGAUGACAGAUUUUUAACAUUUAUUGGGGAUUGGGUAAGGUGCCUUAAUGUUCCUCUUACCUUUUAUUAGGAUAUAUCUGUUCAAUACAAAAUAUUUUAAAAUUAAAGAAGUUGUGUUUCUUUAUCCUUCAGAUAUAUAUCUUGGCUUAAAUUUGUAGAUUAGAAGGAUAAACAGAACUAUACCAAGAUAUUUUUUGAUGAGAUGGUGUCAGUUAAGAAAUCUAUAUUUAUUACUUUAGAAAUAUGGCAUGUUAAAAAUCAAAAUAGUUCAGUAUAUUGUCAGAGUUAAUGUAGAAAUACUAUAUCUGUGUGUACGGUUGUGAAUUUCCAAAUGCCUUAAAGUUAUCGAGUGUUGUUUUAGGUGUCCAAAAUGUAUUCUGUUUGUGAACUAAUUAAAUCGUAAAAUCAACAUUUCUUUUUUCAUAAUAAAAGUUUAAAUAAAUUCAUUUCAAAGUGUUAUUGGAAAACAUUUUACAUUUCAACAAUAGAAAUUUAACAACUUCAUUGGGAAAAGUCUUCAAACUUUUUCACUACAACAUAUUUCCAGUCAAGGAUAAAUUGAUUUUUCAGCAAGGAAAAAUAUUCAUUUUUUCAUUCAUAAAAGCCUCUUUGUAUAAACCAUUACACAGUGUAAGUUUUCAAAACUGAACGAUAAAUCUAUUUAUCACAAUAUUGUUUUUCUGACAAUUAGAAAUCUUUCUUAUAUUCUUGGUGAAUUGGAAACAGAGAUAAUGCUUCAUUUGAUACAUGUAAAAAGAAAUAUAUUUUCAUUCAUUUGUAAACAAUUCUGUUAGCUUUAAUUGUACAUUAGUUAUUUGUGGGAAGCAUCAGUCGUAUUUUAGAUGGUCAACGAAAUCAAUGCCAUAUUAACGGUUCUUAAUUCAUACUUGAUACAUCCAUUUUAACUUUUGUAGAAAAAAUAAGUUACAAUUUUCAUAUUCAAUUCUCAAAGCUUGUUAAUCAUUGUGGAGAUUUUCAUGUGUGAGAUCUAUGAUGCCAUCAAAUCAUAUGCCUUUGUUCCUGGGGCGAAUAAUAAUGUAUACGAUUACUUGAUGUUGUCUGUAUGAUAUGGAUAUUCAUAGCAAAAUAAUUGUAGAAAAUGCCUCACUUUCCAUGUAAAAUGUUUUAAUCACCUGUAUUCCCCCGAUGAAGUCCCUGUAUUUUCAUAUAAAUGCCAAAAGUUGCUUCGUUUUGUAAAUAAUUACUUGUUAAUUCCAUGUACUUGUUUUUAAGCAAACCUUAUAUAUAUCAAGCCUUUCUUUUUUUUUUCUUUUAAAUUUGAGUUAUCAUUAUGCUGCAUACAUUGAACUGUGUAUGGAGUUGUCUCCCUUGUGUCAAAAUUGAUAGACAUCUCCUUUCAUCAAUAUGGAAUACAGAGAAAAUAGCUGUAUAAUGUUUUUAGAUGUUAAAAGUUUGUACAAUCCAUUAUUAUUGUUAUUUAUAAUCAUGGGCAGAUUAAUCUACGUUAUUGACUUCCUGUCGCAAGUGAUUUAAUGCAGGUUUUUUUUAUAUAAAUUUGCUGAAAUCUUCUUCUUCUGUACUGUAUGUAUUCUUCACAUCAAACCUAUAGUUCUAGUAGGAGAUAAAGCUUGCUUUUAUAUAUAUAUACUCAUUGUACGGCAGGUGACGAGCAUCAUUUGGUUGAGUCUCACAUUUUUUCGAGAUUAUAAACUACAUGUGAAUUGAUUAUUUGUUCAAAUAGAAUGUUCUUGCUGAGCAGAACUCUGUUGAAGUAUUCAAGUAUGAUGGUCGUAUAUAUAUUUUGCUGGAAUAGACUUUAUUUUGAAAUAGAGCACUUGACUCGUUAAAACACAAAUGUUUGGUAAAUAUUUCUGUGAAUUCUGCAUUUCUUGAAAGUAGGUGCUACUUCAAGUUUCUCAUAUCUGUGUAUGUUUUUACAUAGGUCGCCCAAUGUGGAGUCUAUUGAUUUAAGUUAGAAUUUCUCAGAAUGAUACUUUUAUCAAUUCAUUACACUCCAAAACAGGCUAUAAGAAAAUAGUGAAAGUAAAAAUUAAUUAAAAAAAUGUUUCUUAAUCAAACAACACCUUCCUUGUAAUAUUCUGAAAUUUGCUAAACCCAACCCCCAAAAAAACAUGAUAAAACAGCUCUAAAAGUUUAAAGUUCUGUUUAUAAACAAGUUUUUAAUUCUUUAUGUAAAUGUCAAGGUUAAUUGAUUUUAAGGUUUGUCAUGAACAAGUUUUUGAUACCCUAUGUAAAUUUCAAGGUCAUUUGACUAUCAAUUGUGUAAAAACAAUGAUCUAUUAAUGGCGACCCAUGUAUGAUCCAUAUAUAGAAUGUCAUGUUUAUUCCAUAUCUGUGUCAACAGCUUAGCAUGUAAACAUUAUUUCAUUAUCAACCAUGUGUUGUUUCUGUCACAACAAAGUGGCAUGGUACUCCUCCAUCCAACACAGCAGAAUAAAGUGUUUGACAAAGCUAA